AUGAGCAGCGAUUUCUAUCGAUUCGCAGUUUCAUCCCACUUCAGCAGUUUCCCGAAAUCCUUCUCUCUGCGAAAGAAAGUGCCAUGGUGGUACCAAAUCUUGGACCCUCGAUCGAAGUUCGUGGCGAAAUGGAACCGCACGUUCCUCUACGUGUGCAUCGUGGCGUUGUUCCUGGACCCUCUCUACUUCUAUUUCCCCAUCACGGGGGACAAGGCCUGCAUGCAAACUGACAUCAUCCUCGGAGUCUUCGUCACGUUCUCGCGCACCGUCACCGACCUUUUCUUCCUUUUCCACAUGGUGCUCAAGUUUCGCACCGCCUAUAUCUCCCCCACCUCUCGCGUUUAUGGCCGCAAAGAACUCGUCACCGACCCUCGCGAUAUAGCCUCGCGCUACCUCAAGUCCGAUUUCAUUAUCGAUCUCCUCGCCACCCUUCCUCUCGCCUCGGGAGCUCUUCACUCAUUAUUCACCCAGCUGAUUGGAUUGAGAUUUCCUUUUCGAAUCUUCUCCAUCCGAAUGAAGUUGUCGAACCGCCACCAUCGAGAAGAAUGCGCACUGGUGGUGCCUGCAAUCGACCCAAAAAAGAAGAAAAGAAAGAGCAACCAUGAGCAGCGAUUUCUAUCGAUUCGCAGUUUCAUCCCACUUCAGCAGUUUCCCGAAAUCCUUCUCUCUGCGAAAGAAAGUGCCAUGGUGGUACCAAAUCUUGGACCCUCGAUCGAAGUUCGUGGCGAAAUGGAACCGCACGUUCCUCUACGUGUGCAUCGCGGCGCUGUUCCUGGAUCCUCUCUACUUCUAUUUCCCCAUCACGGGGACAAGGCCUCGCAUGCAAACCGACAUCGUCCUCUGAGUCUUCGUCACGUUCUCGCGCACCGUCGCCGACCUUUUCUUCCUUUUCCACAUGGUGCUCAAGUUUCGCACCGCCUAUAUCUCCCCCACCUCUCGCGUUUAUGGCCGCAAAGAACUCGUCACCGACCCUCGCGAUAUAGCCUCGCGCUACCUCAAGUCCGAUUUCAUUAUCGAUCUCCUCGCCACCCUUCCUCUCGCCUCAGUUUCAAAAUCAUGUCUGCCGUUAUAGUGGUGUGGUUCGUGAUUCCGGCGGUGAAAGAUUCUACGGUGGCUCAUGUAAACCACACCUUGUCCUUGAUUGUUCUCAUUCAGUUUAUUCCGAGGUUGUUUCAGAUUUUUCCUCUGCAACGGAGAAUCUUGAAGACUAGUGGACUUAUUGCCAAAACUGCCUUGGCAGGAGCUGUAUACAAUCUUGGUUCCUACAUGCUUGCCAGCCAUGUUUUAGGAGCUACCUGGUACGUGGCAUCAAUUCAGAGGCAGUACGAGUGUUGGAUAAUAACAUGCAGAAGGGAGAUGAACAGAACGCACUCUCCAACUUGUAGCCCUUCGUUUCUGGACUGUGCUACCCUCGAAAACCAUGAAAGGCAAUCAUGGUUCAAACGCACCAGAGUUCUAAGUGAUUGUGACGCCCUCAAUGACAAAAACGAGUUUCAGUUUGGACUCUUCGCCGAUGCUUUUACUGAUCACGUUUCUUCAUCAAGAUUCAUCCAAAAAUACUUUUACUGCCUCUGGUGGGGUUUGAAGAAUCUAAGUUCAUACGGACAAAAUCUUCAGGCUAGCACUUACAGUGGUGAAACAUUGUUUUGUAGUUUCAUAUGCAUCGCAGGUCUAAUCCUGUUCGCGCAUCUCAUUGGCAACAUGCAGAAUUAUCUGCAAUCUACAACUGCCAGAGUUGAAGAGUGGAGACUUAAACAAAAAGAUACAGAAGAGUGGAUGAAUCACCGGCAGCUUCCACCAGAACUACAACAACGUGUUCGGAGGUUUGUUCAAUACCAAUGGCUGGCCACUAGAGGAGUAGACGAAGAAGCCAUUUUGCGUGCUUUGCCUCUGGACCUUCGCCGCCAGAUUCAGAGGCAUCUCUGUCUUGACAUUAUUCGUCGGGUUCCAUUUUUCGGGCAAAUGGAUGACCAGCUUCUGGACGCAAUAUGCGAGCGCCUGGUAUCGUCGCUGAACACGAAGGAUACAUACAUCGCGCGCGAAGGAGAUCCGGUGAGGGAGAUGCUGUUCAUCAUUAGAGGGGAGGUGGAGAGCGCCACCACCGACGGCGGAAGAACAGGAUUCUACAACUCAAUCACACUCCGGCCCGGUGACUUCUGUGGCGAGGAGUUGCUCACGUGGGCUCUCAUGCCCGCCUCCAGCCUCAACCUCCCGUCCUCCACUCGCACCGUGAAGACCAUAACCGAAGUCGAGGCCUUCGCGCUCCGCGCCGACGACCUCAAGUUCGUGGCCAGCCAGUUCAAGCGCCUCCACAGCAAGAAGCUGCAGCACGCCUUCCGCUACUACUCCCACCAGUGGCGGGCCUGGGGGGCCCACUUCAUUCAGGCCGCGUGGCGCCGCCACCGCAAGAGGAAACUGACCAUGGAGCUUCUAGAGAAGGAGAGCUUGUACAAUGUGACGGACAUAGAAGAUGAUGAUGAUGAUGAUGUUGUUGUUGUUGAAGGAGGUGGUGCAGGUGAGAGUUCCAGUAGACACAGUUUGGGGCAUUUUCAAAAUCUUGGGGCUACCGUUUUUGCUUCUAAGUUCGCUGCAAACACCAGAAAAGGAGUGUUAAAGAAGAUCAAAAUUAAACUUCCUGAUGCUGAUAGUUUGAAGAUGCCCAAGAUGUUCAAGCCAACAGAACCCGAUUUCUCGACUUUCCAUGACUAA